AUGGCCAAGGCCGCAAGGGCUGGAGCGGUGCCUCUUCGCCAUGACGGCAGCCUUCCGGAGGAGAUCGUCGUCUGGGAGAUCCUAGUUCGCCUCGACCCCAAAUCCCUCCUCCGUUGUCGCGCCGUCCAUCGGACGUGGCACCAUGCCACCUCCACCCGUGCCUUCCUGCUUGCCCACCAUGCGCACCAGCCAGCCCUCCCAAUCGCUUCAGACGAAGAAUACAUCCUCACCGUCGACCGCCUUGCCACCGCCCAGCUCCACACUAUCGCCCAUCUUGACAAGGCCUUCAAUCCAGAGGCUUCCUGCGAUGGCCUUCUCGUCCUCUCCAGGUAUAACAACAUGACUGACACCAUUGAUUUCUCAGUUUGUAACUUGGCCACUCGUCAAUUUGCUCCCCUUCAACAACUACAUGAGUUGGGCUUGCGGUUAUUGGGGAUGUACUCGCAUCAACCUACUGGCGAGUAUCGAUUGUUACUUGAACGUGAUAGCUACAAUGAAACGACUGAAGACCAACUUGGCUACUAUGUCUUUGCAUUGGGCUCUCACCAGUCGCCGAGGUACAUCGGGUGGCAGGAGUCAACAUCACAAUGCUUCAGUUUACCUGUCUUGGUAUGCGAUAGCCUGCAUUGGUACCCAGUCUAUUAUGUGAGUGAAAGCAGCUAUGUACCGCUUCAAAGUGAAAGCAAAGCGAUAAUAGUAUUCGACACCAUAGCUGAGUCGUUCCGGCCAAUGCGUGCUCCAAUUGUUUCCACCAACUCAUAUGCCUUUGAGAUGGAUGGUACACUCGGCAUAUAUAGCCGUAACUAUGCCAAGACAACUAUUGAUAUAUGGGUAUUGCAUAACUACAAAAGCGAGGUUUGGAACUUCAAGUAUCGAAUCAAAUUGCCAGUUGCAGAAAUACGGGGGAAGUUUGAGACCUUUGAUGACCUUUGGAAUAUGGAGGUUGUUUCAGCGGACGGUGACGUGCUCUUGCUAGUCAGUUCUGGUCGGUGUCUGUCUUACAUUGACAAUGAUGGUAAGCUGAUUGACAGUUUUGAUCAUGGUCGCAAAUACUUCUUUUUGUCUAAAUAUCGGCUCAAGCAAAGUCUUGUCGAGCAUACCUUCUUUCAGGCUUUAGAAAGUUCUGUUGUGAACACUUCACCAUUCAUCUGA